CUCUUCUUCGUGGGGGCCCCGCGUAUAUCCCCCUGCUUCUCCCGGGGGUAUAAAUGACUCCGGUCUACCUUCCACGGAGUCACAGAACUGAGGCGGCAUCGCAGAAGCCGACAUGAAUCCUCUGGUCGCGUGUAUGAUUGUCGGUCUGGCUGGGUUCGCCCUGGCUGAGCCGCCGUCCUCCGGAGGCUACAGUUACAACAGACCAAGCGGCGGUGGCGGUGGUUUCUCCUUCGGCGGCGGUGGCGGUGGAGGUUUCGGUGGUGGCUUCGGCGGCGGCGGCGGCGGCGGUUACACCCAGGUGUCCUUCGGUGGACAAACCAGCGAAGGCGCUUCCGUGGACGGCGCGUUGCUCGAGCAGAUCCGUCAGAUUCUUCUGAAGGAGGAACUGCAGUCUGGCGGCGGCGGCGGCGGCGGAUUUGGCGGUGGAUUUGGCGGCGGAUCUGGCGGCGGAUACCCUAGCUCCAGCUACGGAGCCCCGUCGCCGCAAUACGGCGUGCCCAGCUACCAGACCCGUGUUGUAGGCAUCGAUCUCGAAGGCAUCAGACAAGCUAUCCAAGUGGCCCAAUUCAACCAGGUCAGCCAAGGCGCCGGAGGCGGAGGCUACCCCAGCGGACCUAGCAGCAGCUACGGAGCGCCCAGCAGACCGUCCAGUGGAUAUGGCGCGCCGUUCUAAGGAAUCACCUUGAUUUGGAUGAUGAUGAUGAAAGAGAGAGAGAGAAAAAGAGAGUGAGAAUGAGCGAGAGAAAGAAAAAGAGAGAAUGAGAACAAAAGAGAGAGAAAGAGAGAGAGUGGAUAAUGGCACCGGCCGACUACAACGACUACUUUCCGAGACGCAGCCAAAACACGCAAACGCACGAAAAGAAGCCUACGGAGAAGAUCGAACGUACUUGGAGAGUAGAAGAUCACGACUGUCUAUGGAGCGCCAGACCAGUUUCUCCAAAAGUGACACAUUCCUCGGGCUCGCAACUCGGAAGGUCGUCGAUACCAGAGUCAAACUGUCGCGCAGAUCAAUAUUCGAAGAUCGUCCGAACGGAGCUGGAUCAUCGUGUUAUCUACGUUAUCCGACUUACUUCGUCCUUCGACCAACCAAUGUCAGACCAGGUCAGUCAGGACGAGCGCCAAGAAGAAACGCGCGCGAGCGAAGCGGACGCGGGAGCUAACGGGACGGCGCCUGGUCCGUUGGGGAUUAAAUAGUCGUCGCUUCAACGGAUCAGGGUCUCCCGGAAUCCGCCGGAAGGGUAACGCCGAGCGCACGCGGAGCAACAUCGUCUCCCCGGGCCCCUUGACUUGUCGAAAAUCCACCGGUCGUCGCUUUGACAAGUCCGGGGGGUCCGCGGGAGCGAAACGUGGCCAGUUUCUUCUUACUUUAAUCCUCUUUCCCUCCCAUUCGCGGGAGGGACGGGGGAGGGAUUAAAAUGAUCCUGGGCAGUCGGCGCGGUGCCGAAGUCUAUCGUACCAAAAUCGCAUCAAUCGUCGCGGUCGUGUCCGUCGCGCAAAGAGAACCGAGGAUCAGUGAUAAGUCAAAGAGGGCAGGCGUAAUCGUUGACGCAGACACACUUCACACUUCAUCCCCGGCGAUUACGCUCGUCGGGGGUCACUCAUAUUACAAUAAUAAGAUGGGAGGAGCGGGAGGAGUAGGAGGAGGAGGCCGACAAGCCGAAGACGUGAUCAGCGCGGUAUCAACGCGCCUUGUAAAUAAAAUUCCAUCGUCGCUGUACCGCGGCGUCCGCUGUUGUAACGCGGCUUGGAUUCUUCCGCCGCGAAGAAUCGACUCGCCCGAGGUCUUUGGUCAUCCAGGUCAUCCGGAACCAGAUUUUCAAGAGCUGGCUCGUGAGAGAAGACAAUGGCCCUCGAACCGUUUCUUUCUCAACCCUCCCGAGAAGAUAUCGCGAGAAUCGGAUACGCGUGAAUAGAGUCGAUUCCGCAUAGAAGAAUAUCGACCUCUAAUUAUCCGCGUGAAAGAGGAAGAGGAAGAAGAGAUUCGCCUGGCGGAAGAAGCGAUCCGGAUUACGGAGUGGACGCCGCCGUUGUCGAGCAACAAACACGUACAUACGACGCCACGAAAAAAAUACACACUAUUUUUUUAUACAUAACGCUCUACUCCUUAACCACGCAUCUUUUUAUACUUGUAUAAAGGCUUUUUUUUGUAGAAAAAAGAAUAAAAAAAAGAACGUCGCCACCGUU